AUGCAGAAGUCACCAGUGGAAGAUGCAAACUGCUUAUCCAAAUUUUUCUUCUGGUGGAUGUCACCGCUGCUGAGGAAGGGCUUCAGACAGAAGCUGCAGCUGUCAGAUGUUUAUAAGGCUCCUUCUUUUGAUCUGGCAGACAACCUCUCUGAGAGACUCGAAAGAGAAUGGGACAGAGAGGUGGUGUCAGCCAAGAACCAGCCCAGGCUGCUGAGAGCGCUGGCCCGCUGCUUCCUCGGCCCUUUUGCCUUCUUUGGUAUCCUCCUCUACCUCGGGGAGGCUUCCAAGACAGUGCAGCCUCAGCUUCUGGGUCGCAUCAUCGCCUCCUUUGACCCAUUCCACGCUCCUGAGCGGAGUCAGGGAUACUUCCUGGCUCUGGGUCUCUGCCUCCUAUUCACUGCCCGCUUCCUCCUGCUGCAACCUGCCAUCUUUGGCCUGCAUCACCUGGGCAUGCAAAUCCGCAUCGCUCUUUUCAGUCUCAUAUACAAGAAGACCCUGAAGCUGUCCAGCCGGGUCUUGGACAAGAUCAGCACUGGUCAGCUGGUCAGUCUGAUGUCAGCCCACCUCAACAAGCUGGAUGAGAGUUUAGGUCUGGCCCACUUUGUAUGGAUCACUCCCCUGCAGUGUAUACUGUGUGUGGGUCUGAUAUGGGAGCUGAUCGAGGUGAAUGGCUUUUGUGCGUUGGCUGCUCUGACUCUCCUGGGUAUCAUCCAGGCGUGGCUCACGCAGAAGAUGGGACCACAUCGGGUGAAGCGAGGAGGAAUGAUCAACCGCCGCCUGGCUCUCACUUCAGAGAUUGUGGAGAACAUUCACUCAGUGAAGGCGUAUGGCUGGGAAGAGGUGAUGGAGACCAUCAUCAAAAACAUCCGGCAGGAAGAGAUGACACUGACGAGGAAGAUUGGUUCUCUGCGUUACUUCUACAGCGCCUCGUACUUCUUUUCUGCCAUCUUGGUCAUCGUGUCUGCCAUUGUGCCGCAUGCUCUCAGUAAAGGCAUCAUCCUUCGUCGUAUUUUCACCACGGCAUCCUACUGCAUGGUGCUGAGAAUGACGCUGACUCGCCAGUUGCCGGGAUCCAUCCAGAUGUGGUACGACACACUGGCACUGAUCAAGAAAAUAGAGGAAUUCCUGAUGAAGGAAGAAUACAGAGUUCUGGAGUACAACCUGACCACCACUGAACUGGAGCUGGUCAACGUGUCUGCAUCCUGGGACGAGGGCAUUGGUGAGCUGUUUGAAAAGAUCAGGCAGGAGAACAAGGCAAACGGACACAUGAACGGUGACGCUGGCCUCUUCUUCACUAACCUCUACGUCACACCUGUCCUCAAAAACAUCAGCCUGUACCUGGAGAAGGGAAAGAUGCUGGCGGUGGCUGGAUCCACUGGCUCAGGAAAGAGUUCCCUGCUCAUGAUGAUCCUGGGGGAGUUGGUGCCAUCAGAGGGUAAAAUCAGACACAGUGGUCGCAUCUCUUUCUCGUCUCAGACCUCAUGGAUCAUGCCGGGGACGAUUCAAGACAACAUCCUGUUUGGCCUGACCUACGACGAGUACCGCUACACCUCAGUCAUCAAGGCCUGCCAGCUGGAGGAGGACUUCGCCUUGCUUCCUGAGAAAGACAAGACGCCCCUCGUUGAAGGAGGGGUGACCCUCAGCGGCGGACAAAGGGCUCGUCUCGGCCUGGCUAGGGCUGUGUAUAAAGAUGCAGACCUAUACCUGCUGGAUGCACCUUUCACCCACCUGGACAUCGUUACAGAGAAAGAGAUCUUUGACAAAUGUGUCUGUAAACUUAUGGCCUCCAAGACUCGUAUUGUGGUCACCAGCAAGUUGGAGCAUCUCAAACGAGCAGACAAAAUCCUGCUGCUGCACAAUGGAGACUGCUAUUUCUACGGCACCUUCUCAGAGCUGCAGGCCCAGCGUCCUGACUUCAGCUCCCUCCUCCUCGGCCUGGAAGCGUAUGACAACAUCAACGCGGAGAGACGCAGCUCUAUCCUCACGGAAACUCUCCGCAGGGUCUCUGUCGAUGAAACAGCUGGCUUCCGAGGCCCAGAGCCAAUUCGACAGUCGUUCCGCCAGCAACCCCCUCCAAUAAUCAUCUCUGGAUCCCAAGGACAUCCUGGAAGUGAUGGCUACCCAGAAAAACGCAAACAGUCUCUAAUCCUUAACCCCCUGGCAGCUGCUCGCAAGUUCUCCUUCAUUGGGAACUCCCAACAGACUACAAAUCCUCCCCAGUCCAGUUCAAUAGAUGAUGGGGUUCAUGAACUUUCUGAGAGGAAAUUCUCUGUGGUACCCGAGGAUGAUCAAGUAGAGGAGGUGCUCCCCAGGGGUAACGUGUACCACCAUGGGCUGCAGCACCUCAACGGGCAGCGGCGCCAGUCUGUCCUGGCGUUCAUCACCAACUCUCAGGGCCAGGAGCGCAGAGAGCAGAUUCAGUCCUCCUUCAGAAAAAAGCUGUCCAUCACACCGCAGUGUGACCUGGGGCCCGAGCUGGACAUUUACGCCCGCCGUCUGUCAAAGGACAGUGUCUAUGACAUUAGUGAGGAGGUGGAUGAGGAAGACAUGGAGCAAUGCUUUGCAGAUCAGCGUGAGAACAUCUUUGAAACUACCUCAUGGAGCACCUACCUGCGCUACAUCACCACCAACAAGAGUUUAGUCUACGUCUUAAUUUUCAUCGUCUUUGUCUUCAUCAUUGAGGUUGCUGGUUCAGUCAUUGGCAUUUUCCUCAUUACUGACACGAUUUGGAGGGAUGGCGCCAACCCUUCAUCGCCCAACUACAUUGAUGAACAGCACGUCAAUGCCUCGUCACCUCCUACCCACCUGGCAGUCAUUGUCACACCAACCAGCGCUUAUUACAUCAUCUACAUCUAUGUGGCCACAUCGGAGAGUGUGCUGGCCCUGGGAUUCUUCAGGGGCCUCCCAUUAGUGCACACGUUACUCACUGUGUCCAAACGAUUGCAUGAACAGAUGCUAAGCGCUGUAAUACGAGCCCCCAUGGCUGUGCUUAACACUAUGAAGUCAGGUCGGAUCAUGAACAGGUUCACCAAGGACAUGGCCGCCAUUGAUGAUAUGCUGCCUCUGGUGCUGUUUGACCUCAUACAGCUGACAUUGAUUGUGCUGGGCGCCAUCUUCACCGUGUCCAUCAUGCGGCCUUACAUCUUCAUCGCUGCCAUCCCAUUGGCAGUCAUCUUCGUUGCCCUCAGAAAGUACUUCUUACGAACUGGACAACAACUAAAGCUACUGGAGGCUGAAGCACGGAGCCCCAUCUUCAGCCACCUCAUCAUCUCUCUGAAGGGCUUAUGGACAAUUCGUGCAUUUGGGCGUCAGACCUACUUCGAGACACUCUUCCACAAGGCGCUGAACACUCACACAUCCACCUGGUUCCACUACCUAGCCACGCUGCGAUGGUUUCUCUUUCGCUGUGACAUGAUCUUCGUCCUGUUCUUCACCGCCGCUGCCUUCAUUGCUGUGGGAACCAACCAGGACAAGCCAGGGGAGAUUGGCAUCAUCGUGGCCCUCGCCAUGCUCAUCCUGGGGACUUUCCAAUGGGCUGUCAUCACCAGCAUUACUGUAGACGGACUGAUGCGUUCGGUAGAUCGAGUGUUCAAAUUCAUUGACCUGCCAUCAGAAGAGCCACUGCCGGGCAAAUCCGGUGGUAAAGGAGGGCCCGACCUCAUCAUCGACAACCCUCACGCCCGGGAAUGCUGGCCCAACCGUGGCCAGAUGGACGUAAAGGGCCUUACUGUGAAGUACACAGAGGCUGGACGUGCUGUCCUCAGCGACAUCUCUUUCUCUGUGGAUGGCGGCCAGAGUAUGGGCCUGCUGGGUCGAACAGGUUCAGGGAAGAGCACCCUGCUCUCUGCUCUGCUGCGUCUCGCCUCCACAGACGGAGAAAUCUCCAUCGACGGCGUUUCCUGGAGUUCUGUGUCCCUGCACACAUGGAGGAAGGCCUUUGGAGUGGUACCUCAGAAAGUCUUUAUUCUGACCGGCACUUUCCGAAUGAACCUGGAUCCACAUGGACGCUACAGUGAUGAGGAGCUGUGGAAGGUAGCGGAGGAGGUGGGUUUGAAGUCAGUGAUCGAGCAGUUUCCAGACAAGCUGGACUUUCAGCUGGAGGAUGGAGGCAACGUGUUGAGCUACGGACACAAACAGCUGCUUUGUCUCGCCCGCUCCAUCCUCAGCAAGGCCCGCAUCCUGCUGUUGGAUGAACCCUCCUCCUACCUCGACCCCAUAACGUUACAGGUCCUGAGGAAGACGCUGAAGCACGUGUUCUCUGGCUGCACCGUCAUCCUGUCAGAACACAGAGUGGAGCCACUGCUGGAGUGUCAAGCCUUCCUGAUGAUCGAGGGCAGCUCCAUAAAAAGCUACGACUCCAUCCAGAAGAUGCUGAAUGAGACGAGUCACCUGAAACAGGCCAUGAGCACUGCUGACAGACUCAACCUCUUCCCCACGCUGCACCGCCUGAACUCCAGCAAGAGGGCGCCACCGCAGACCGCCAAGAUCUCCUCCCUGCCAGAGGAAGCCGAGGAUGAAGUCCAAGACACUCGCCUCUAAGCGGCCAGGCACAGACACACACACGCAUACAUACCCCUAACUCUAAUGGGAUUGAUCCGGUGUUCUGAUACUGAUCAUUUAGUGUCCAAGAGGCCAAUAGCAAACACCUUUGAGUCAUCAUUAUUCACCUAAAUUACAAGUGAAAUGAUGCAAGAAGUAAUAUGUAAUGAAACACAUAAUAACAUGCCCACAACGUCCAUGGUUCUGUCUGACUAACGGGACACUUUAUUGUUAUUGUUGACACAUUUUAAGUGCCUUUAAAGGUUUCAGUCAGUCAAGGGUUUUUGUGGCUGGACAAACGUCAUGAAAGUUCCCUCAGUUCAGAUCUUCCGCUGCCCAAAACAUUACAUUUGCUUUCACAAAGUUUUUCCUGUAUAAUUGUUUCAAAAACAUUUUCACUGGUUUCAAUUUAGGGAUCACUUUCUAGAAAAAAUGUUUUGCUCUGUCUAUUGACCAACCAGCUGGUUUUCACUGAAGCCUUCAGUUGUUUGAACUCUGAACACAGAGCAGCAGCCGAUGUAGAAGUCAGACUCAUUGUAUAUUAUCUUGCAGAACAUUUUCUGUUCUGCACAAUUACAAAAUGUAACCAAGAGCCAACAGACAGUGCAGCUCAGAAAGCACAACGUUAACUUACCAUAUGCACCUAACAGGAAUUAGCCAUGGAGGUAAUGUUGCACAUAAGAAAGUUGUUGACUUCUCUGCUUGGCCUUGAAGCAAGGCAUCAGUAUUUGAUGACCAGAAAAAGAGACAAAAAUCAACUAUGUUUUUCUGAACCACUUAAAUUUAAAGUUGCCUGUAAAGUGAAACUAUAAAGCAUCAUAUAUGUCAAAUGUUGAUGGAAAUCAACAAGAAAAAUAUCCUACAGGAUAAAGAGAGAACAUCUGGUAUUGUGGAACAGUUCUGGAGAAGAGUUGAGACUUCUACAGUGGCUUGUUGUGUACUGCACUGCAGUAUUUUCAGAACAUUUGUUGUAGUAUUUCUGAUUAGUCAGUCUGAGCCUGCAGUAACUUCCCUGCCAUAUACACACACAGACACACACACACAGACACACACACAGACACAAACUGUAACAGUGACGCUGCUGGCUGACUCUGCUAACGAACGAUGACUCAGACGCCCUUAUUUUUCUAUCUGAAUGCACUUUAGAGACACCCUGAGGUACUCAUCAGCUUUCACAGCAAGGAAACACUCGAAUGAUUAAAUGCUGUACAGUUUUUUCAUUUGUAGACCUUUGAUAACAAAUUCUGCUUUUUACUUUAAUUCUUCAGCUUUACUUGAUGAAUUAUAGAGGGGAGUCAGUAAUUCAUCACAAAAAUGCAUUUUCUAUGAGAAAUAAAGUCUAUUUUUUCAGAGCCAAUGCUGUACACAUGCAAAGCGAACCAUUUAGCAUUUCUUCUUUAUCACUUUCCAACUUCUGUCUCUACUAUCGGAAACUGGAAAAUUCUUCUGACAUCACUUUAUUUUCUUUGGUUUAAGGAAGAGUGUGUUGCUCCUUUCAUACUGAAUAACAGUUUUGUAAAGCAGCAAUGCAGAAAAUUAAGGUACUGAGAGAAAUGCCUUGAUGUCUUAACUGUGAUGUUUUUUUUACAGAGUAAAUUAAAAACAAAGCUGUUUCUUACUCAUAGGAAAAGGACCCAGAUGUCCAAAAAAUGUAUAAAUGUAUUUGUUCAAUCAACUAUAUUUGCAGUAAAACUAAAGAUUUGGACAAUUUCA